CAGGCCCCAGAGCCAGUUACGGUGCAACUUUACCUGUCGCGGCACGUCGACUCGCGCUCGCUCCAUCUCGAAAAGUGAGGUUAGGAUCCGAAACGAAUCUUAGUGGAGUGUUUGAUCCUGUGUUUCGCCCCCGUUGGUUGUGUUGCUUCUUGUGUUGGUGUGUGCAUGUGUGACGGCUCGUGUGUGUGCGGGCUUUCGUCGAGGGCUGUGCGCGGUGCGCCUGAUGUGAUUGCGGGUCUGAAAUGAUGCCUUUUGACCUGGGCUGCAUCUCUUGCAGCCGGAUACCUGCUGCUUUCGUCUGCGUUUCAUUCCUCCUCCUUAAUUAUGUGGGAGGACAGGCGUUGGUGGAGCAGGAUUUUGUACCCACAGUCACAGCAACAUGCAAAGCGGGUCAGAUGACCAUCAAAGUGGCCACCAACCAGUCUUUCGUCGGUGCUGUGCACGCGCGGGACUUCCGAACUCCGAACUGCAUCGGGUACGGAAACGGAACUCACACAACAGCACUCAGCAUCAAUUUAUUUGCUCAGCCCGGCUCCCAAGAGUACUGUGGCGUCCUUGUAAAUAAUAAAACUGAAGAAAGGUCAGUGCCGAUUGCAGUUCGGAUACACAGGACCCUCGAACUAGCAGAUGACAAACUCUACGUCAUCACCUGCGGCAAAGCAGGCUUCAAAAACGCUAGGAACGAAACAUCUCUAGUGUCUCUGAGACUCCUCGAUAAAGGACGAAAAGUGCAAGAGGCUGUUUACAGCCACGCUUACACCCUCAGAGCGGAGAUCUCCCGGCCAGAUGGCAUGUAUGGAAUUCGCGUCAAAUCGUGCUUUGCUUUCAGCAAAAAAAAUAUCAGCGGUGAGCCUCUUAUCGACGACAGAGGGUGUCCGGUGAACCCACGAGUGAUCUCCAAGUUCAAGUACGACGAGAAGCUGUCGCAAGCCGACGCGAGCCUCUACUCGAUGUUCCGGUUUCCGGAGAGCUCCGAAAUCCACUUCCAGUGCGACAUCAUGGUCUGCAAAGGCUCCUGUGGGGAGGUGCAGUGCGACAACGGACCUUUGACGGCGGCCAGAGCUUUGCCCAAGGAUAUCUACAGCGACACACCCUCCGACGAAGGAGUUCUCUCAGCUUCCACCAGUGUCUUCGUCCUCGAGCCUGGCGAGACCCCAAUGUACUCGGAGCUGUGUGACGAGGGCGGUAUCCGGCCGGCGUGGCUUCUGUGGCUAUGCAUAAUCUUUGGAGCCCUCUUCCUGCUCAUGCUCAUCAUCAACGUGUUCCUCUGCUCGGCCAUGACCUGCUCCUGCGCCCGCACGGAGGUCAUCGAGAAGGAACCCAGCAUCAUCGAAGACUACGACCCCUACAGGAGUUGGCACGGCUCCCAGUACGGAUCCAGGUACUCGCUGAACGGGAAGCCAGGCUACACGUCGGGUGGUUCUACAAUGAACUCAACGCGGAGCAUGUCGACCAACAGCGAUCACUACGCCAUCGUCCACUCGAGGCCGGGGAGCCGCUACUCGGCGCCUGCCCACGGCAAGAUAGGCAACAACCACACGCAUCCCCACAACGGUCACCGGGGACCCCCCUCCAACAUCGGCUCCCAUUACUCCGGCAAGCUCUGACCCCCCAGAUCCCACCGUCGCCAACCCCCAACCACGCUCAACAUGUAAA